GCUGCCCCCAGGGUUCAGGGCGGGGGAGCCGCGGCACUCUCGCUUUCCUGAUAAUCCCGGGCUUCUGUGCUCACCUUGUCUUCCUCGGGCCACCCCAGCAGACAUGUUUGCCAAGGCCUUUCGGGUCAAGUCCAACACGGCCAUCAAGGGGUCAGACAGCCCUCUGUCAGCAGACCUGGGGCGGGGGCCUAAGGUUACAGCCCGAGAAGGGACCCCAGGGUGCAAGGAUUNUGCUUUCCCCACCCUUGGAACCGAUCAGGUCUCUGAUUUAGUACCUGGAAAGGAGGAGCUCAACAUUGUGAAGCUGUAUGCUCACAAAGGGGAUGCAGUGACUGUGUACGUGAGUGGCGGUAACCCCAUCCUAUUUGAACUGGAGAAAAAUCUAUAUCCAACAG